UUAGCGCACAGUCGCUGUAGCUGCUGCAUAACCAGCGUGUUGGAGCAGAGCGGCUAUAAAGUGGAGGUGAAACGCAGCAAGAGGAUGAAACAGCAACAGGAGCAGAGAUGGCCCACAGAAGAACCACUGGAAGCAAACUCUUGAUGACGGCGCUGUACAUGGUGGCGUCGUGCAGUGCUGUCCCCGUCACUGACCUGCUCGACCGAGCCUCUCAGCGCUCUGACACACUGCACUCCCUCAGCACAACAAUCACCAAAGAGCUGGACUCUCACUUCCCUCCCAUAGGUCGGGUGAUCACGCCCCGCCCCUCAAUGUGCCACACCUCCUCUCUACAGACACCCAAUGACAAAGCACAGGCUCUUCAAAUAUCAGAAGCAGACCUGUUGUCACUGGUUCGCUCUCUGCUCCAAGCCUGGAUCGACCCCCUGGUGGUCCUGUCCACCUCUGCUAACACGCUGCCUCACCCGGCACAAAGCAGCAUAUUCAACAAGAUCCAGGAGAUGCAGGAGCACUCCAAGAGCCUGGGAGACGGCCUGGAUAUCCUGUCUAGCAAGAUGGGUCCAGCGGCCCAGACCAUCUCCUUUCUGCCCUACAGGAGAGGCAAUGACAUCGGCCAGGACAGGAUCUCCAAACUGAUCAACUUCCACUUCCUGCUGUCCUGCUUCCGACGGGACUCCCACAAGAUUGACAGCUUCCUGAAAGUCCUGCGCUGCCGGGCGGCAAAGAUGCAUCCCCAGAUGUGCUAACGACCCUGACGGGAAAUUUUUCUGAAAGCUUGUAUCGCCUACCGACUGUAGAUUAGCACGCUGUAGGAAUCUGAGCUAAUAUCCUAAUGGCUAAGUAGCAGAUAUUAUGAACUUUCAGGAGGGGAAGACAAGGGGGAGUUACAUGGUGCACACAGGAAAUCACAUGUUGUUUGGCUUGACCCCUCUUAGUCAUCACAGUGCACAAAACAGUGACCGCACUUCAAACAUUGAAAUGGAUGAUUCUAGCUUUUAAUGAUGAAACAUUUCCCGUGUUAAGUUGCUAAAGCUGCUUUCAUCUGAGAUCAUCAGUCAGAGGUUAAACAGGUUAAGUAAUGACAGGUAGAUCAGCGAGCAGCCCAGUAAGCUUAAAGCCUUACACUGUAGAUUGUCUGGAGGUCAUAGCAUGGCUCAUACACUUCCCCGAGAUGAUUCCAGCUGGUCUGGCAUCAUCCGCUGACCAUACUGCGGUCACAAACCGUGUGUUAUCUGUUACCUGCGACUCCUCUUUGUUCGUUUCCCUUGUUGAAGCAGUAUCCCCUCAAAGCCGAACUGCCAAAGCAGCUUUGCUCGCGGUUCGACUUUGGAGGGUUCAGCUGGGCUGCGACACAUGAAAUCAGCGCCGCCACCUUCUCUGCACGGCUGUUUGGAGAACGACUCUCUCUUCCUAAUUCGACUGCCAGCUUGACUGAUGACAAACUGCGGCAUUUGCACAUUUGAUUUUAAUAUCACUUUUUCCUGAAAAGCAUUAUGAACGCAAUAUUUCUUUAAAUCUGCAUAUCAAUAAAAAUCCUCUCUUGCACA